CACGCGUCUCGUCUCUCAACAACACCAUCCAACCGCGCUCAUCUAAUAUCCACUCGAUCUUCCUUUCUACGACUGCCGGCAGCGACUUGUUUAUCCGCCUUGACAAACCCUCGGUGCUGAAUAAGUUUAACGUCGGCAACUCUCUGGUCCGCGCGCAACAGAACAAAGCACAGCGCGACAGCCUCCCUCGCCUUUGCAUAGCGCAAUCGCAUCGCGAAACGUACUGAAAGAUUACGACUACAAAAACGCACAUCAUCUGCAAGAACUGUCACUUCCCACCGCAAACAACAACACCACACCUCCGCAACCAUGGCGCGUAACUCUGAGAAGGCGCAUUCGAUGCUCUUCCGCUUCCGCGCGGCGCAAGCCGCCGAAGCAGGAAUCAUCGACAUCUCGCGCACACGGCGCCCGAAGCUGAUCACAGGCGUGACCUCGAUCCCCGUAUGCGAAAAAUGGCGCGGUCAAGUGCUCAAAGAGAUCUCGCGCAAAGUCACAAAGAUCCAAGACGAGGCCCUCUCCGACUACCAGAUCCGCGACCUCAACGACGAGAUCAACAAGCUCAUGCGCGAGAAACACAUGUGGGAGAGCCAGAUCAGGAAUAUGGGUGGCCCGAACUACAUGCGCGGCGGUCGCGUGCUGGAUGAGGACGGCAAGGAGGUUCCUGGCGGCGGCAAGGGGUACAGGUAUUUUGGGCGGGCGCGGGAACUGCCAGGCGUGAAGGAGCUGUUCGAAAGGCAGUCGCGGCCGGAAGAUGAUAAUGGGGCGGCUAAGGGCAGGGAGAAGAGAUCGGAGCUCAGACAGCGCGUGGAUGCGAAUUACUACGGCUACAACCUCGAUGAGGAGGACGGAACGCUGCUAGCCUACGAAGCGGCGAAGGAGAAGGAGGCGUGGGAUCACUUUAUGCUCCUGGCAGACGACCUGAGCGAGAAGCAGACCAAGAUGCAGAAAGAGUGGAUGGAGAUACCGGGCGAUGCUGGAGAUGGCAUACGGUGGCGCGUGCCUACGCUCGAAGAAGUCAACGACGAAUUGGUCGAAAGGAGGAGGAGGAAGUUGCUCGAGAAACUGGGCUGAGACACCCGUAAAAUCAACGCGCGAUACUAUGCCAAUGCGAAUGCCAGUGCUUUUUUUCGGGGAGUUUAUCAUGCAUUUUCAUGUUGCGAAUGGGAUUGUUCUGCAUUAUGGGGCCUUUCUUUAUCACCAUCGAGGCUGGAUGGGGGGAGGAAUCAUCGCCCUUCUUGCUGGGGGAAGGCGAUGUAGGUUAUGGACGCGAAAACCUUGGUAGAUGCGCUAUGGGGUAUGUGGACCGAUAGACAGACAGAUACAUGAGGUGCUAAGCCGGCUAAAAGAUUAAUACCCCGUCGAGCGAUGGACGUGUAGAAAAGCUUUUUUGUACAUUAUGUUUUCGAC